AUGACUGAAGAUGUUCUAGCCAAGCUUCAGGGUCCAAUUCGGCAGGUAUUCCUCGACCAUAAAGCGCAAGACCACCACGGCAUGUGUCUUCUUCACAACCACUUUCAAAUUCCUGAAGGUCAGCGUCUUGUUGAACAUGGACCCAUCUCUCUCCCUUGGGAUCUAGGAGGCGAAGACAAGAUCGUAGUGCCGAAAUUCAACGGAGUCAUUGCUCCCCGGUCGAUCAGGCUUUUCGAUUGCAAAUUAGCACCGUUUGAGUUCAUUUUCACUUUGAAAGAGCCCGAACUCAGCCUUGGGUUCUUGAUAACGGCUUUUCGUGUCAUUGAGGACUUGAAGCUACACAACGUCUUAAGGAUCCGUUACUUCGACAAGCACGACUCUCAGCUCUCAGUUAAGGUUACUCAAGGAAAAGCAAACGUCGUGGUACCACAAGGAGUACUCUCAGAUUCGAACCUCAUCGAUGCGUUCUGGGUCUUUAAUCUAGAUGGAAGACGAAAGGUGCCACUGCAGAGAACAAUACUUUCCACAGGGAGGUGGUGCGCGCCAGGAAAACCAUAG